GCAGGAUCUAUAUAGCCCCCAAAGGACCGAGGCGGAGAAACAACGUGCUCGGAAUGUAGAACAGACUUUAUCGACACCGCUUUGAGAGCUCUCUGCGUUAGUGCAACCUCCGACAAAUUGAGCCGACACCUCGCCGUUUGGGACGAAUAGAUAUUUAAAAUCUUUGAUCUGAUUAAACAAUCCACUUAACUGAGUUUCUGUGCCGGUUCCUUUUUGGCACCAUCUGCUAGUGAGUCUUAUGCCAGCCGUUUGCCAUUGACACAAACGCCAAAACAAUAAGCAGUAAAUACCAGACGAUUUAUGAACAACUUUAAUCUUCUGUUGUGACAUGCGGUAGACUUUUGGCUUUACAUAUGGCUUCGCUGUAUCAGAGAUUUACCGGGAAGAUUAACACCAAUACAUCUUUCCCAAACCCGCCGGAGGCCAGUCACCUUCUUGGUGGACAGAGUGCCGAAGAGGAAAAUGCUGGGAAGACCCCGCACCCUCUGCAAGACAAGAGACCCCGUUUCCAGCAACGAAACGGGAGAAGAUGUGAAGACGAGGACGAGCUGGUGGGCAGCAACCCUCCGCAGAGGAACUGGAAAGGAAUCGCAAUCGCCCUGCUUGUCAUUCUGGUCAUCUGUUCACUGAUCGUCACCUCUGUCAUCGUCCUGACUCCAGUGGAGGAUGACAGCCUGGCACUGAAGGGGAAAGUGACCGUAGAUAACCUUUUCAGCAAAGACUUCAAAGUCAACGACCCGGGCGCCAGAUGGAUCAGCAGCAAGGAGCUGCUCCUCCAGACACGUGAGGGGGAUGUGGUGCGCUUCAAUGUCAAGACCCAAGAGAAGGCCGUUUUGGUUGAAAGAAAAAAGUUUGAAAUGUACCAGGCCAGCAAGUAUGAAGUGUCCCCUGACAUGAGACAUGUGCUGCUGGCCUACAACGUUGCCCCAGUGUACCAGCACUCCUACAAUGCCCACUACAUCAUCUGCAGCCUGGAUACUCCGGAGACCUGGAACCUGAGCCCUCCGGAGGUGCGGAACGUGCCCCUGCAGUAUGCCGGCUGGGGGCCGCACGAGCAGCAGCUGAUCUUCAUAUUUGAGAAUAACAUCUACUACCGAGCCACUGUGGAAAGCCGGUCCAUACGCCUGGUGUCAUCAGGAAAGGAACGUGUCAUCUUUAAUGGCCUGAGUGACUGGCUGUAUGAGGAGGAGAUUUUCCAAACCCACAUUGCCCACUGGUGGUCUCCAGAUGGUGCCAGGUUGGCAUACACUACCAUUGAUGACACCCUGGUCCCCAAAAUGGAAAUCCCAAUCUUUACUGGCUCACCUUAUCCAAUCGGGCUAGAGUACCACUACCCAAAAGCAGGGGAGGAGAACCCCAUGAUCCAGCUGUUUGUGGUGAACCUGAACGGGCCCCUUCACACCAUGGAGAUGCGGCGGCCAGAGAACCAGCGGAUAGGAGAGUACUACAUAACGAUGGUAAAAUGGGCCACAAAUACGAAGCUGGCUGUAAACUGGCUAAACAGGGCGCAGAACAUCUCUCUACUAACCCUCUGUGAGGCCACCACUGGAGUCUGCACUAAGAAACAUGAAGAUGAGAGUGAAGGCUGGCUGCACAGACAGAACGAAGCACCAUUAUUCUCCAAAGAUGGGCACAAGUUCUUCUUCACCAGAGCCAUCCCACAGGGCGGGAGAGGGAAGUUCUUCCAUAUCUCUAUGCUGUCCUCACCGCCCAACGCAAGCAGCGACAGCCUCCAGUCCCUCACCUCUGGUGACUGGGACGUCACUGAGGUCCUGGCCUACGACGAGCGCAGCCAGCUGAUAUACUUCUUGAGCACAGAAGAUGACCCAAAACGAAGACAUCUCUACAGUGCGGACACCGUAGGACCCUUCAACAGGCGCUGCAUCUCCUGCGAUUUCAGCUGUGGUUACGUGAGUGGCUCCUUCAGCCAUGACAUGCAGUACUUCCUCCUCAACUGUAAAGGCCCUGGAGUGCCGACUGUGUCCGUGUACAGUACGAGAGACAAACAGAAGCUUGUGGAUCUGGAGACCAACGAGGAUGUAAACAGCACACUCGCCUCCGUGCAGAUGCCAAAAGUGGAAUAUAAACAGAUAUACAUAGAGGAUUACACUCUGACGAUGCAGAUUAUGAAACCUGCUGGAUUCCAGGACACAGCACAUUACCCCUUACUGCUGCUAGUGGACGGGACGCCGGGCGGUCAGAUGGUCAGCGAGAGGUUCGAGUUGGACUGGGCCACAGUUCUGGUCAGCAGCUUUGGCGUGAUCACCGUGCGGUUGGACGGUCGGGGGAGCGGCUUCCAGGGAACCAACUUCCUGCACCAAGUGAAGCGCAGACUGGGCGUGUUCGAGGAGAGAGACCAGAUGGAGGCGCUGAAUGUCAUCUCAAAGGAACCUUAUAUUGACAAAAUGCGCAUUGGAGCUUAUGGAAAGGUCUAUGGGGGAUAUUUGGCCAGCCGUCUCCUAAAUGUUGAGGGUUCUUUAUUAAAAUGUGGAGCAGCUCUUUCACCAAUCACAGACUUUGAAUUAUACGCUUCAGCAUUUUCCGAAAGGUACUUAGGAUCACCAAAGACAAACUUGAAUGCUUACCGGCUGGCGAAUUUAACACAUUAUGCUUCUCUACUGGAGGAUAAAAAGUACCUGAUCAUUCAUCCAACAGCUGAUGAGAAAGUUCAUUUUCAGCACACGGCAAGGUUUAUUAACCAGUUAAUCAAUGAAAAAGCAAAUUAUUCUCUCCAGAUAUACCCCGACGAGGGACACUUCCUCCACCGCGCCCCCACGAGGCAGCACCUGAGCCAGUCGCUGGUGAACUUUUUCGAGGAGUGCUUCAGACUGCCCGAGCGGGUGACAGAGGAGAGGGAACCAGAAGACGACAGCGAGGGCUAGCACGCCCCUCCGCCCGGCGUGAGCCGCGGGUUUGGGACACCAUAUGCAACUGACGGCUUUCUUCCCCCCCCCCCCCCACCUUCAGCACGUCCCCGGGCUGCGUGAGCAGUGCUCUCUCCUCCUCUUCCUCACCUCUAAUCCGCUCACCGGAAGCCCAUCCGCCACGACGUAGGCGCGUCGUGUAAUUCGGUCCAAACGGCAAGGACGUACAGAUGCCAUCUCGUUUGUUUGACUAAACCGAGUGUACAGGGGACCCCGAAGGACGCUGUGCUGGCUCCCCCCCCCCAUUGCUCCCUUCCUCUCAUCUCCGUUAGCUUCGCAGUCGAGUCAUCGAAAUUAAAGGUUUCAUAGCACAAACAUUUCUUACCGAUGCCCUGACUCUCUGCCGAGUUAUCUGGGCUGGAGUGAUUGUCAGUGUACCGUGGGCUGGAGUUACAGAGGUCGCCUUGUGUCGCGGGAAGCGUCUUUUCAAGAAGCGGCAUCCUCUUUUUCCCCUGGAAUUGUAUUUGUGUCCUUUGUUCUCGAGUAAAGCAGCACAUAGAAUAUUAUUGGUUACUGGGAAUGUCUACUGUUGGUUUUUUCAGUGUUUGACAUUAUCCUAAUCUUGGAAUCUGUGUAACAUAUUACAAUAGCUUUGAAUUGACAUCUGCUUAAAAUGGGCCCAUGUGAUUCUUCAGAGUAAGGGUGUAAAAAAUAAAAUUGUUUGUUUUGAAUUGGGACCAUGUAGACAGAUUAUUAUAAUGGUUUGUGAGUCUUCUAUCAUACUGUAUAUGUCGAGUACGCUGUCCUUGCAUACUUACUGAAAUACAAGUCUCAAAAAUUAUUAGUCACUGUGCCUUACUUUUGGAGUAAACGGUCCUUUCUGAGAACUGUCCUAGCAUGGACUCUCCUUGAAACACAAGGCUUAUUUUCAAUGACAAGACAAGACAGGAAGACAAAAUCAGAACAUGUUUUUUGUUUUUCCAGAUAAAGUAAUGAUCACAGAACACUUAAAGCUAACCACAGUCAUGGAAUAUUGCUUUUCCGCAUCAUGUUAAUAUUACACCAUGGCCAGGCCAUGAGCUGGUCUGCAGUGCCAUUGUGAAAAUAUGAGUUAUCACAUUUCCAAAUAUGUAUCAUAAACCUGUGCUUGUAUAUUAUUAAGACAUACUUCUGAAAAAGUAUGGUCAGUCUUUUUCCAUUUUGGAGUUUGGAGUUUCUGGAUUUCCUUACAUGUUUUGUGAUGGGGUUUUCCUUUGAAUAUUUUUGUAUCUAAUUUGGCAUGUUGGCAAAUUAGCAUUUUUCAGUAGUUCAGCCUAAGCAUUGUAUAUUUGACAGCUUGAAUGUUCCUUAGCAGAGCUACAUUUCAUUUUCCUGUCGUGAGUGAACUAUCUUUCUCCAUAUACCGUUGUAUCAGUGUUCUUUCACAUCAAUUUGGUCAUAUUAAUAUUACUAUUUCAGUGUUACUUGUACAUAAAACAUUUUGAAAGUUACAGUUUUCUGUUCUUGCAUUUUGUUCUUUGUUUAAAAUAAUGCCACAGUGCUGUGUAUGCAUACUCACAUAUAUAUGUACACACACAUAUACACACACACAGGGAAGCACACAUACACACACACAUAUACACACAGACCCUAGAGGUUGUAUUUUCCAUCAGUCUGAAAGGUGACUUCGUGACAAUACAUUUCACUUUGUCUAGCAACUUGUAGUAAAAAAAGCAAAAACAAAAAAAACAGACUGUGGCAUGAAACUAUGUGUUGUCCGAAUAAAGUUUUACCAUCAUGA